UACGAAUUUAUGCAUUUUUUACAGAUUAUUUUAUCAAUAUCUGACUAAAAAAAGAACCUUAAUCAAAUCCCGCUCUUAAGACGAUAUUAAAACAUAAUAAACAACUUUAUUUCAUCACUUUUUUCACUGCCAUGAAAGAAUCAUCUCCUCCUCUCCCGGGAACAUCAUCCUCAUUCACAACUUCUAACCAAGAAUCUAUCUUACCAUCAGAAGAACUUGAUAUAAAAACUGAAAAAGAUGAAAUCGAUCAAUUGAAACUUCCCAAAGAAGAACCAUCAACUGAACCUCCCCUCCCAGCUGAAGAGGAUGAUCGAAUUCCUCGGAUAAAUUUUUGUUGCAGUUCAUGUGGAAUGAAUGAAAUGGUCCAUUACAAAGGAACCGAACCACCUUUUGUGUUGGGUGUCAAGUUGAUGGAAGAAAAUUACAUUAUGCGAGAUCCAUUUCAACAACAUCCGCCACGUUGGCGCAAGAAACCAGAGUUUUUCAUAUGUCUCGGAGCUCAUUGUUGUUUGUGUGAUCGAUUAGUUUGUAGAGAUGUUGAAUGUAGUUUUUAUUAUGUGUCGACAUUUUGUGUGGAUUGUGCAAAGGAGGCGUUGAAGAGUUUUCCAUUGGAGGUUCAGACGAAAUUGAGGAAACAAUUGGCGAGUGUGCAGUAACAUUUACUUAAAAGAUAUUUAUAUUAAUGGAAUAAAAACAAAAAUUAGGAAUUUUCUUUUCAAAUAAAUUGUAGCGUUUCUAAAAUUA